CGCUGACAGUCUCAAGGUUCGUCUCAACCCAGGCACAGUCUGUUGACGGGCUCCAGCGUCCACCCCAUGCACACCCUGCCACUGGUCACCUGCGAGCAGUGGACAACACGGUCUCUUUCCUUCUGGUUUAUCUCAGCGUCCGGCUACUUGCCGCGUGGUGUUGUCAAGGGGUUCAUUUCUUGUAAAACCAGCUAACGGUACCACUCAUGAAGACUAAACUUUACUCGAGAAGAGUACAGACGGUACCCUGACAACCAUGUACGUUAGAGCUUAGCUGUGUGAAGCAGAAUCCCAUCGAGAAUGGCGGCGAUCGCAGCCAUGAGAAAAAGACACUACAAUGUGAGCGGUCUCUGCUUGCUGGUCUGGACAACUUUUUCGGUGACGUCACUUGUGGAUCCCACCCCAGUACCAGACAGCAUCUGCACCAAAGUUAUUAGCAGCUGUAGGUGCACCAACAAAGGAACUCUGGCACGUAUCAAGUGCACGGUGCCAGCUGCAAGUAACAGUUCUCUGCACAGACUUUUGAUAUCUGAAUUAAAUAAAACCCAAACUACUUCAAUAGACCUACUGGAUUUAUCAAGCAGUGACCUUUCCUCCAUUCCACCUGACUUCUUGACUGGCGUGUCCAGAAUAAACACAAUAAAGGCUCAGCACUGUGGUUUGAGCAAAAUACCAGCAUUCAUUUUAAAAAUGAGAAAAGUAGCACACCUGAACUUGUCUCACAACCUUUUUGUCAACUUGUCUUUGGACUUUAUGGUAAGCAUGAACCUGCGUGGACUUAGCCUAGCUUACAAUAAAUUGGAGUAUAUCAAAGGUGAGUUAAACUCAACACUGGUCAACAUGGACCUGAAACACAACCAGCUGACUGAGCUACCAGUGAACAUCUGGCUUUCACUACAGGAGAUUGAUGUAUCCCACAAUGCUCUCUCCAUGCUGCCCAGCUUACCCAGCCAAUCACCACUGAGAAAAUUGAGUGCAAGUCAUAACAAGGUGGCCGAGUUUCCAAGCAAAUUCUUUGAGUCUACAUCAGUGCUGCACACACUGGACUUGGCAUGGAACGGCCUACAAAUGCUCAAAAAAGUUCAGCAGAAGAAUGUGAACCUGGAAAAGCUGCAGAAAUUAGUCUUAUCUCAUAACAACCUCCAGUACCUCAGCGUGGGACUUCUGGAUGCCAUGCCAAAGCUGGUCCACCUUGAUCUCAGUCACAACAAGCUGCAGUCCUUGAACCAUGAUGUCUUCCCACCACAGUCAUCUGGUCUUCAGUUUCUGAACCUCUCCUGCAAUGCCCUGAACUAUGUGCACCACACCACCUUCCAUCAUCUGGAGAGUCUGCGUGACCUCAUCCUCUCCCACAACCCUGGGCUGGGACAACAAGGAAUUGGACACUUGGGUCUUCCUGACCAUUUAGUUAGUCUGGACCUCACAAACUGCUCCCUGACCACGCUAGACUAUUGCCAGAUAAAGCACUUGCAUGACCUGGGAUCACUCCAUGUGCUUCACAACCCGUUGCUGUGCACCUGUCAUCUCUACCUGCUUUACAACUGGUUUAUCCACCACAGCCCUUCAAAGAGGGAUACACCAAAUGACGAGCACAGCUGGCAGUGUCUUCCAAGUGACAAUCAAUCACCUGUCUUGAUCAUUCAACGGCCCUGUGUGGAGAGUGUGUCCUGCCCCUCUGUAGAGACCAGCAUACAGCAAAGGGAGGGGGUCCAAGUACAUCUCAAAGUGGUGCGGGCCAAGCAGCACAUUAUCACCACUUGGACAAUCGCUGAUAUCAGCCACCAAGUUGUAGGCUUUCGAGUCCUUUGCAUGCACCAGGGUCAAGAAGUCUCCAACCAGCAAAAAGCAGAGCAGACUGAACAGGACACAGCGGCUGUCCAUGUAUCCCCUAUCCUAGGCACAGACCUUCGAAGCUACACUGUGACAAACGUUGAUGCUGAUGACCACUUUAUUGUCUGCAUUGAUGUACUGAGUAACACCACCAGGGUUAUUAAACGAGUGUGUGAAGCAAUUCUCACUGAAAGACCAAAUAUUCUGGCAGGUAUACUGACUGGAGUAAUCUUUCUCUUACCAUGUCUCAUAUUUAUUGCUUAUGUUUUGAUCAAAGACAAGAAAAUUAAACAAUCUUCUUAUGCUGUGGUUCAGAACAAGGAUCAGCAGAAAUCUGGCACAGAUGAAACCAACCGGAUGACAUUUCUGAACUGCCAGUGUUUAACAGGGGCUUGAGACUUUUGGAUUCUCUUCCUCGCUUUAAUCACACA